AUGCCUCCCAAGAAAGCCCCUGCCGCCGCCAAGGAGAACGUCUCUCUCGGUCCUCUGGCCGGAGAUGGCAAGCUCGUUUUCGGCGUUGCCCGCAUCUUCGCCUCCUUCAACGAUACCUUCGUCCACGUUACCGAUCUGAGUGGUCGCGAAACCAUCACCCGUGUCACCGGUGGUAUGAAGGUCAAGGCUGACCGUGACGAGUCCUCGCCCUACGCCGCCAUGUUGGCUGCCCAGGACGUUGCCGCUCGCUGCAAGGAGCUCGGCAUCAACGCUCUGCACAUCAAGAUCCGUGCCACUGGUGGUAACGGCACCAAGACCCCCGGUCCCGGUGCCCAGUCCGCUCUUCGUGCCCUGGCCCGUGCCGGCAUGAGAAUCGGCCGUAUCGAGGACGUGACCCCCACCCCCUCCGACUCUACCCGUCGCAAGGGUGGUCGCCGUGGUCGCCGUCUGUAGAUAUGUGCGAGCGUGCUCUCUCUCCAAGUAUACGCACCCUUAUGGGGGCUUGCGUGGCUGGUAUGGAGGCUGUCCGUAUGGUCCUCAGCCUGCGGAUGUGG